AUGCCUUUCCCCACCGUCUACCGGCAAGAAGAGGGCUCUCAUGACUUUCAUAACCAGCACGGUUUCCAGCGUCAUCAUCCCCAGAUAGCCAUCGUCAAUCCUGACACGGUCGAUUACAGCGGGUGGCAUGAGAUGGACUUCACAACUUCCCUUCUCAACUCUCCGUUGACCAACUCUGCUCCUCACCACCAAAAAUACGCGUCCAACAUGGAGACCGGCGUCGAUUCGCUGGCCUAUCUACGAUCCUCCAAUCAUCGACAAAAUUCCACCGGUUCGACUGUCAAUCCCUCUUGUCAAUCUCGAUCUCAUCAGCAGUCUCCCGAGGCCAACGCCCUCUCAGGAGAUCUCUACACCACCGGACCUUUCUCUUACUCUCAGCUUCUCAACAUGGAUUCAGACAUCUCACCCAUGGAUCAGUCGAGUCUUUGUAGCUCACGCGCUGAUGGCGAUUCCAAUAUGCUCAACGACGACAACACUCUUCCGACUUCCUUAUCUGUAUCAGACUCACUCAACACCUCGCCGCCUGUUUCCACACUCGAUCCCAUCUCCAUCUCAUCCAAAACCGAUCCUUCAGAGAAACUCUGCCCUCUAAUUGCUGGACAAGUCGACACCUGUCAACCUCAACGGUGUGGCCCGGACGCUCCCUGCAUGAAUUUCACCACCCUUCCUCCCAUUGAAGAGUGCACAUCUGUUCCGUGCAUUACACAAUCCACCAAUCCCAAUGAGACCAUGAUCACCAGUGACAGCGUAUCGGUCUCCUUACACUCGCGACCCAGCAUCAGCGCCAGAACCAGCAGCGGAAACACCUCCUCCCAUUCCUCUCCCCUCCGUCGCUCUUCAGGCUCAUCAAAUGACAACCCGGUUCAGUCGGUACCUCUACCGCCACGACGCUCCGCCGCCGCCGCCGCCGCCGCCGCCGCGGCGCGACGCCGAACUCGAACAAGUACGACGACAACAUCAACGAACACCAUAGCUUCGGACGACGAGGAGGAACCGGCGACCGCGAAGCCCAUAGCGCCAUCCAAAGCCGACGCGAAACAAAGGGCCAAACAAGCCCAUUCCCUCGUCGAGCGCAAGUACCGCGAGAACCUCAACGCCAAGAUCGCCCAAUUGCACAACACUCUCCAGUCGUCACAUUAUGGACCCAAAAUCGGGGAUGACGCCGACAGCGAUGCCCCGGCUGCAGCCAACGCCAUCCCCACGGGCAAAGUACGCAAGAGCGACGUUCUCACCGAGGCCAUGAACUACGUCAACCAAACCGAGGUGGAAAUGCGACAUAUGGAAAAUGAAAUCCACCGCCUCAGUGAAAGAGUGAGGGUGCUUGAGAAACUUGUCCGCUGUGAAGACUGCAGUUUACUCAAACAAAUGGUCAAUUUACAAGUUCAAGCUGUUUGA